GAAUGUAUUUCUUUUCCCUUUUUGAAAGGGCAGGCUCCUAGUGUUUGCAGACUUGUAUCUUCGUAGAGUGGAGUGGCAUGGAAUCCAUUGGAGUUCAUGUUAGGAUUUCUCGAACGAAAUAGAGAUAUCAACAACUGAUUUUUUAGCAAUCAUGAAGGAAUUUUAGACAUUAAAAUGACAUGAGAUAUAAUGCUAUUCUAUAAUUCAAACUUCAAUGAGCUCAUAUUUUGCUUGUUCUUAUGUGAUGUUAGAAGGAAAGCUAUGUCUGCCCGUACGUAAGCUUGUUCAUCUAAUAGUCCUGUAGAGGCUUUUUCGGUUUUGACUGUUACUCAGGCUAGCUUUUGCUCACCGAGACUAAGUCCCGUAGAGGUUGAUCUGCACAGAUAACAAAUUAGUCAAGUGCACUAAUCAAGGAAAUGUAGGUUGUGUACCUAGCUAGUAAUCAACUUUCAAGCUGGCCACCAAAAGAUGUUUAGCGUCAUGAUGUUCACUCAAAUGAGUGGAAGUGAGGUCUCGGGUUCAAUUCCUAUGCGUUGAGCACACCUUGUCGCUUAUAGAGGCCCUCUGCAGGUUAAAAGUCUAUAUUGAUUAAUCUGGAUAGCCGGAAGCUUCUUAUAAAUUCCAACCAGGGAGUUCAAGUCCUAUGCGUUGAGCACGCCUUGUCGCUCACAGAGGCACUCUGCAUGUUAAAGUCUACAUUGACUCAUCUGGAUGGCAGGAAGCUCCUCAUAAAUUCCAACCAGGGAAAGUGACCAAACCAGGCAAGUGUCAUUACACUUCUGUGGUUUCUUUGUUGUAAGAACUAGACUUGCUAGAGAGAAUUUAAUCCAUUGAUUAACUGGUACUGCUUUGGACUAUUUCUGAGAUCUUUGUGGGUAAAAAAAAAACACAUAUCGCUUCCAGCCAUUGUUCUAGCAUGAGAAAGACAAACAGAAAUGCCCUUGUUUUCAAAAUAGCUAAGAGCUUUUCGUUUUGUUGUUCUGCAUUGAACUCUUCCUGACUAAGUUCUUAAUUUUUCUGUGGCAAAAUCCUGAACUUUUGAUAGGUACCAUAUGUAGCAUGGGAUUUGGGAACAGUAUACCCAAAUGGGACUUGUGAUUUGUGUUGUUAUGUGGUUUAGUUUGAUCAUAAGUUAAAAAUAAUAAAAAAUAAGUGAUGUUCUUAUUUAUUGUCCUUCUUGCUAAGAACUGGUUACAAUGGUUUUUUGGUUGCUCAUGUAGCAAUUCCCAUGUUACUAGAACUGGACUAACAACAAUGUUGUUCCAGUCAAUUUUGGUUUGACAUUGCUAAUGACACAAAGUUCUUACAAUCAACAUCCACAUCUCAGUGACGAAACACGAAUUCAGCACAUCUUAUCCUACUCUGGCUAGACUGGCCUUGAUGGUUUAGGGUUACUCUGCCCAAAAAAGGAAAAAGACCAGCAGAAAGAAAUUUUCUCCUGUCCCAAAAUCUGUGGAAGACUAGAAAGUUUCUUAUGAGCCACACUGCUUGAAAUUUGACCUUUCGCUACCAAUUCACUUGGGAAGACUCAAGAACCUCAAAUUUCUAAGAAAAAACGGCAGUAUUUAUUGCUCUCACAAGAUCUUUGUUUGUCAAAUAAACAAUGCUUAUAUUCACAUUGAAAUUUGUCUGUUAAAGGAUAACGCCUGGACCAAAAAUCAUGAAUCUUUCCCAUAAUAGUGACAGAAACGUUGACAAAUGCCAGGUAAUAACUCCACAACUUCAGAAUUACCGAACAAUUUCCAGGUAGUAAGUACCUCCUAAGAUUGUCAGAGCUUACUUGUCUUUCUUUCUCUCUCUAACUCUCCAUCCCUCUCUCCUUUCCCAUAUCUCCCUCUAUACAUACUUUAUCCUAUAGAUCAAACCCUAAACACAGCUGAAUAGUUCAAGAAACAUGGACAACUCCACAGAAUACAGUGGCUCCGCAGGUAUUAAUGGAUAUGCAUAUGCUAUCGGAAUGUCUUCAGGUGUCCUAGUUUUGAUCAUAAGCAUAACUCUGGCCGCAUAUUUCUGCACCUACGGAGUAGAUUCUCCCACACACACAGGUACAAACCAAGGCGACUCCAUCACUGACCAUGACUCCAUUGUGAUGGAACUCGGUCUCGACGAAGCCACUCUUGCAAGCUACCCCAAGUUGCUCUAUUCAAAAGCAAGGUUAGAACCCAGGGGUAAUGAUUUACUACCCUCUUGCUGCUCUAUAUGCUUAGGGGACUAUAAGGAUAGUGACAUGCUAAGGUUGUUGCCUGAUUGUGGCCAUGUUUUUCAUCUCAAAUGUGUGGACUGUUGGUUAAGGCUGCAUCCUACAUGUCCGAUUUGCCGGAACUCUCCUAUGCCAACUCCUUUGUCGACUCCUCUUGCUGAAGUGGCACCAUUGGCAGUGAGCAGAUAUUGAUUCGAGAGAUUGCAUGGAUUUAAUUUAGACAGUCAAAUCGAAUGUGGAACAUAUGACAAUUCUCAUAUCAGCCAUAUUUUGCUUCAUGUUAUGUGACA